UCAUCAUACUUGUUUUUGUUUUUAUAGCACAUUUUCAACAAUAAAUUUUCGCUUGUAUUUUAUGUGUUUCUUUUUUUACGUAAAAUUAUGGAACAUUCUGCAGAUGUGGUCGCAAAAAGAGAGAUACCAAGGAUAUUCUUGGACAGUGCUGUCGACAUUGAAGAUGUCUCGCAAGAGGAUUCAGACAGCGUAACACCAAGUAAUCUCACAUUGCGACCCCAAAAAAGUCGAAUGCAUUUAGGUAUUGACACCUAUCAGCAUAUCGCUCAGUUGUGCAACAUGCUCGACUCCCAGAGCUGUGUCUGCGAUGCGAAACUUUUGAUAUUUGCAGCGGCUGCCAAUAGCGAAGGAUAUCGUAGCACUUUGGUGCCCAUUCCGCCGCUCUUCAUGGGCGAAUCCUUCUACGACAUUGAGCGAUUGCGUCGCAUUGUUGCCAUGUGGCCCACUUGCCGUCAAAUGCUCAAGGAUUUGCAGAGGUCGACGUCGAGAAGCACACACAUAAGCGCUGGUCACAUACAUCUGAUGCAUUGGGUGCUCAUCGCACAGUCGAAUCCCAUUUUGAGACGCUACAAAGUCCGUCGCUUUGCUGGCUUGUGCAAGGAUCUGCGCUUGCAGCAUUCCCCGUCGAUUCGUCCUCGAGAGGUGUUGAGUGUUACCUACAAGGAUAAACAGCACACAGUCAAAAAAGCCAGCAACUGUCGUCGUCGUUACGUGUGUCUUGGUUGCCCAUUGCAGCUGCUCUAUCGCCUGCUAAUCAUGGGACGCAUGGACAACAAUUGGGCGGGUCCAUUGCGUCUCUAUGACCGCGUGGAUGCCGCGUUGGCUCAGUGCACGGUCACGUCGUUGCCAUUGCCAGAGAAUUGCUGGUCAUGUUCGUGCUUUGGACGUGCACCACGUUGUGUGCUGAUCUGUGAGCUGCUCUUGGAUAGGUUGUCUUCGCGACAGCAGCACCACAAUGAGCUGAUCAUCGAGGACACGUCGUGCUUGCUUGUACAGUAUUUGCUAAUCUUUACGGAGCACAAUGAACCGCUGCUCGACUUGCAAGCUACAUCCAGUCGCCAAUUGAAUCCUCCAACUGGACAGCCACCCUUAGGCGCCAGUUUCAAGAGCCAGUUUAAGACACAUUGCAGUGCUCAAAGAUAUCGCGGGGGCUGCGGCAGCCGCUGGAUAUUUCGACUUUUUGCUUGGCUCCUGGCGCGCAUGGGACAUUUGCUAGAGCGACAGCAGCGCUCAUUUUAAUACAAAAUAUUACAUUUUAGUGCAAUCUUUUGAAAUGACAAUUUGAAUAAAACAGUUUCGAUACAAACGCGUGCAAAAU